UAGAGUUCGUUCGAAAUGGCGUGACGGUUCAUUCUAUUGGCGAUAACACUGGCAGCGGUAUCUCAUGUCAACCCGUGAGUUGUGAUAAAAGGUGUCAGAGCUUCCCGUCCAGUCGAAAGCAUCCCCACCUUUCGCCAUGCCUGUAUCUCGCUCGACUCGAGUGCAGAAACUACGGUCCCUGAUCCGACUCCUCGUGGACACCUCCGAGGUAGUCAUCGAAGAAUGGGAGGCGGAGGAGCGUCACUCCUCUAGGAAUGAAUCUGCCACGCCCAACCUGGUAUCGCACAAACUAUUUGAAGCACGCCGCGUCAUACACGGAGCAUGUGCAAUGUGCAUCGACCUGGUUGAGGACCCGAGGGUCCGCCUCCAGGAAAUCUCGGAAUCCUUUGCGUUGUCACAAGCAUUUGACACAACAGUGCGCGCAGGGGUUCCGGAUAUUUUGGCAGAGGCAGAGGCGCCUGCCAGCGGCGUCUCGGCCAGGCAGCUCAGCCUGCGAACAGGGAUUGACGAGAAGAAGCUCGUACGGGUGAUGCACUUUCUGUGCUCUGGCGGAAUUUACGAUGAAGUUGGUGUUCAGCGCUUUGCAAACACGAAUUUGAGUGGUGUUUUGGUUGGCAACCCGCAGGCGAAAGCGAUGCAAUGUCUCUUUGGAACGAAGCUGUUCGUCGAGGCCCUCGAACAUCUCCCUGCAACGCUGCUCGAUCCGGAGACGGCGAGUUCUACGUCCGUCACGGUGGCUGCCUUCCAGAGAGCGCAGAAGACGGGGCUAUCACUUUUCGACUUCAUGGCACGGAGUGAUGAGACCGAUGCGGCCAUCCUUGAAACCGGCGAGAUGUUCCCGGAGGCAAUGUUUGGUCAAAGCCAAAUAAGUUCACUCUCGCUCAUCCACGACUUUCCUUGGGGAUCUCUGGGAAAAGGCACCGUUGUUGACGUCGGAGGCGGCAUAGGUAGUAUGUCUCUCACCCUCGCCAAGGCUUUUCCGGAUCUGUGCUUCGUCGUCGAAGACCUUCCAAUUACCAUCGAAAAGGCAAGACCCAUCUGGCAAACUGGAUAUCCCGGCGCCGUCGAAUCAGGGCGCGUACGAUUAUUACCACACGACUUCUUCACCGAGCAACCAGUGCAAGGAGCUGCUGCGUACUUCCUUCGCUCCGUGCUACACGACUGGCCAGACGACGAUUGCGUCCAGAUCUUGAGCAGACUGCGUGACGUCAUGAGCCCCGAGUCGCGCAUCCUCGUCGCUGACAUGAUCGUCCAGCCUCCCCUGGGUUCUGCGCACUUCAAAGCCGCUCCGGCACCGCUGCCUGCGAACUACGGUCGCGCGGACUUGAUCAAGGGUAUGCACGACAUGGUGAUGCUCAGUCUGCUCAACGGCGCCGAGCGGACACCUGAGCAACUCGAAGCCGUUGCUAAUAGGGCAGGGCUCAAGGUGGUGAAGAUAUGGGAGUGUCGAGGACCCGUGAGCAUCACGGAGCUGCGGCGGCUGCCAGUGUAAGACUAGAAACUUUGUUAUAGAUGUAGGUACUACCUGCAAGACGUCGUACUUAUUCACUAUCUCAUUCCCUGC